AUGCACUAUUACACUUUGGAUUCAUUCGUUGAUGCGAAACAAAUACUAGCAAUGGAAUUUUUUUAUACUUUACCAGAAAAUGGAGAUAUACGUGUGAAGAAUUGGACAUUGAUGCAAGAUGUUUUUCCAACUGUUAUGAUAGCUGUUGUCUAUAUAUUUGCUAUUAUUUUUGGUCGAUUAUGGAUGAAAAAUCAAAAGCCUUUUGAAUUACGAAAUUUUAUGUUUAUUUAUAAUAUUUUACAAGUGAUAUUCUGUUCCUAUGUUACCUAUGAAUCAGCAUAUGUAUGGUAUGAAGAGAGAUACAGUUUUCUUUGUCAACCUGUUGAUUAUUCAUAUCGAAAAACUGCUAUUCGAGCUUGCGCAGCAUGUUGGUGGUAUUAUAUUCUGAAAAUAGCCGAUUUAACUGAUACAAUUAUUUUCGUAUUACGAAAAAAAGAUAAUCAAAUAACAUUUUUACAUGUUUAUCAUCAUCUUACGAUGCUAUUUUUCUCAUGGUACGGAGGAAAAUAUGUUGCUGGCGGCCAAUCAAUAUUCAUAUCGAUUUUAAAUUCUUUCAUUCAUAUUAUUAUGUAUGCUUAUUAUGGUUUAAGUGCCUGUGGAUCUCAUAUUCAAAAAUAUCUUUGGUGGAAACGUUAUUUAACACAGGCACAAAUUAUUCAAUUUAUUGCAGUAAUUCUUCAUUCAAGUAUUAAUUUACUGACGCCAUGCAAUUUUCCAAAAAUCUUUGAUGUUGCAUUCUUAGUCUAUGGCAUGUCCAUAUUGUUACUGUUCUCUAAUUUUUACUUACAAAAUUAUAUAAAGAAAGGAAAAGAUAAAAAAACAACGUGA